AUGUUAUUAAGAAGUGGACGACGAACAUUGGAGUUUCUUGUUAACACCACCGGCCAGCAAGUUGAACAUUUCAAUUCCCACAUUGAGCCUAACAUUUCAGAGGAUAUCAACAUGGCUAACCAGACUUUGAAGCAAUUGGCCGCUCCUAACUUGGCUGCGCAACCACCAUCUAUCACGUAUCCUGCCCUUGAUAAGCCAUUAAAGCUUAAUUCGGGAUUCCUUAACUUGUUGCCAAAAUUCAAUGGGUUACCAGGUGAGGACCCUUACCGUCAUAUUAAUGAAUUUUUAAUUACUUGUUCAACUAUGCAGCCAGAUGGCAUUGAAGAGGAACAAAUCAAGCUCCGAGCUUUCUCUUUCUCGUUACAAGGUUUGGCAAAGGACUGGUUAUAUUACAUGCCACCAGGUUCAUUCACAACUUGGACAGGGUUACAUAAGGCUUUCCUUGAGAAGUAUUUUUCGGCAUCAAGAAUAGGAUCAAUCAGGAAGGAAAUUUGUGGAAUUAAGCAACUGGGAGGUGAGUCAUUAUAUGAAUACUGGGAAAGGUUUAAACGACUAUGUGCGAGUUGUCCACAGCAUCAGAUUAGUGAGCAGCUCUUAGUGCAAUACUUUUAUGAAGGAUUGACACCACAAGAUCGAGGAAUGAUCGAUGCAGCGAGUGGAGGUGCUUUGGUUGAUAAAACUCCUGAACAAGCCCGGAAUUUGAUUGCUAAUAUGGCACAAAAUACACAGACAUACCAUAGAUAUGUGUCGAACAUUACAGGAAGGGGAAGCAAAUGCCGUCUUUCCAAAUCAGAGAAGCAAAAUUCUCGACAAUAUAAUUCAUCACAGCAACAACCCAGCCAUCAAAAUCUUAGUGCUGAAAUGAAGCAGUUGCAAACCAGAGCCUCGUCGACCGACGUUAAUCUUGGGAACUUGCAAGCACAGGUAAAUAAUAGGUUACCAUCACAGCCUGUGGCAAAUCCAAGGGAUAAUGUCAGUGCUAUAACCUUGCGAAGUGGCAAGGAGUUGAGAUCGAUACUAAAGAAGGGCCAAAACAGUAAUGAGGAAGAUGAAACUGAGGUAAGAAAGGUCCGGUUUAGUGAUAUUGAAGAGGGAAAUUCAGCCUUGCCAAAAGCGGAUUUACAACCGUCGCAAGCAGCUCCAAAGGAAGUAGCAAAUUUUGAGCAGGAAACGAGGGUUCCCGAGCUUCGAGCACAAGUAGGUCAGAACGAUAAUAACCAACCUCGAUCUUAUGUACCGAAGGCGCCAUUUCCACAGCGUUUGAGGAAGGAAAAAUCAGACGACGUCAAUACCGAAAUUCUUGAGACUUUCCGUAAGAUUAGUCUAGGCGAAAAUGUCUCUGCGGUAUUUCAAAUGAAACUUCUUAUUAAAUGUAAAGAUCCUGGAAUGUUUUCGAUACCUUGUAAGAUAGGAGACCUUAAACUUGAUAGAGCUAUGCUUGAAUUGGGUGCUUCUAUUAAUGUAAUGCCUAGUAGUAUCUAUGAUAAGGUUCAAUUAGGUGCAUUAAAAGACACGGGACUGAUAAUACAACUUGCAGAUAGAAGUAAUGCCUAUCCUGAUGGCGUUUUAGAAGAUGUUCUAGUGCAAGUGAAUGAGUUAGUUUUUCCAGCUGAUUUUUAUGUUUUAGACAUGGGAGCUAGUGAUAACUCAGUUGAUGUACCCUUACUUUUAGGUAGACCCUUCCUUAAGACAGCUAGAACGAAAAUUGAUGUGCAUAAAGGGAAUUUAACAAUGGAAUUUGAUGGUGAGAUUAUUAAAUUCAAUAUAUUUGAUGCUAUGAGAUAUCCCACUGAUAUUAAUUCUGUAUUUACUCUUGAUGUAAUUGACAAUUUUGUUCAAGAUGUCUAUGAAUUAGGGGAAGAAGACGAGUUGAAAAGCGUUCUCGCUAAGAGCAUUUUUGAUGUCGACAAGCAAUAA